AUGGGUCAACAGCAGUCUGGAUUCGGAAAGAAUAACGAAAGAGGAGGCGGCGACGCCGAUAAAGAAAAAAAGAAGGUGACUUUUUUUUUCGAACUUCAUUCAGUUUAAAUCUUGGAAUAUUUUUUUUUCAGAAGUAUGAAGCCCCGAUACCGUCUCGAAUCGGUAAGAAGAAGAAGGGAAGCCGAGGGCCUGAUGUGGCUAGCAAGUUACCUGCAAGUAAGUUUCUCACACAUUUUUUUAAAUCAAAAAAUUCUCUCCCCAGUUACUCCUCACGCACGCUGCCGUCUGAAAAUGCUCAAAAGCGAACGCAUCAAGGAUUACUUGCUUAUGGAGCAGGAGUUCAUUCAAAACCAGGAACGUCUCAAGCCACAAGAGGAGCGUCAGGAGGAAGAAAGAGCUCGAGUCGACGAGCUCAGAGGAACUCCGAUGGCCGUUGGAUCUCUCGAAGAGAUCAUCGAUGAUCAACAUGCUAUUGUUUCAACCGUAUGUUAUUCAUAAAUACGUUUCUUUUAGCACGCCUUCUGGUUUUUCGUGAUUUUUAGACAUGUUGGAAGAAAAGGUGUUUAUUAAAGCCUGAAAAGUUUUUCGAAACGAGCUUUGUAAAGUUAACAUUUAUUAUUUUUUUUUUCAGAAUGUUGGUAGUGAGCACUACGUCAACAUCAUGUCUUUUGUGGAUAAAGAACAGCUUGAGCCGGGCUGCUCUGUUCUUCUGAAUCACAAGGUUUUUCGGCUGUAUUUUCUUUUCCAUUUUCGAAUAUUCUAUUCAAGAACCACGCUGUCAUUGGCGUUUUGGCGGACGACACUGACCCUAUGGUGUCUGUUAUGAAAUUGGAAAAAGCUCCACAGGUACUUCGUUUUUGACGAUUGAAUUUAUUUUCAAAGCUCUAUCUUUCCUCAAUCGAAAUAGCUUUGAGAUAUUCCAAAUUACACUUCCCUUGAGCGUUUCACUGUUCUCACAACUUUUUGAGUGGUUUCAGAAUAAACGUUAUAUAUAUAUAUAUAUAACGUUGCGUGUUUCAGGAGACUUACGCCGAUGUAGGUGGCCUCGACCAACAAAUUCAAGAAAUCAAAGAGUCAGUCGAACUCCCACUCACCCAUCCGGAAUACUACGAGGAAAUGGGAAUCAAACCUCCAAAAGGUGUGUUUUGAUAGUUCUUAUUUUGUAGAGAAUUUUUAGGCGUCAUUCUCUAUGGUUGCCCGGGCACCGGUAAAACUCUAUUAGCCAAAGCCGUCGCUAAUCAAACUUCCGCCACUUUCCUCCGUAUCGUUGGCUCCGAGUUGAUCCAAAAAUACCUGGGUGAUGGUCCGAAGAUGGUUCGCGAGCUUUUCCGUGUUGCGGAAGAAAAUGCACCGGUGAAAGCGUUUUUUCUUUAUUUUUUGGAUAAACUUCAAUGAUUCAGUCAAUAGUCUUCAUAGACGAAAUUGAUGCCGUCGGAACUAAACGCUACGAUUCCAACUCUGGCGGCGAACGCGAAAUUCAGCGUACCAUGCUUGAACUUUUGAAUCAACUCGACGGUUUCGAUUCUCGUGGAGAUGUCAAGGUAAUUUUUUUUGCUGAACUUUUAAUAAUCGGUUUAGGUUCUCAUGGCGACGAACAGAAUCGAGUCGCUUGAUCCUGCCUUGAUCCGCCCUGGUCGAAUCGACAGGAAAAUUGAAUUCCCUCUGCCAGAUGAGAAAACUAAACGCCGAAUUUUCCAGGUUGCUUUUAAAUUAUAAUUUUCUGGUUUAAUCCACUCUCUUUGAAGAUCCAUACUUCACGUAUGACACUGGGAGAUGAUGUCAAUCUUGAAGACUUCAUCACAGCCAAAGAUGAGCUCAGUGGUGCUGACAUCAAGGUGAUAACAGGGAAUAACUUUUCUUGAAACAAAGUUGCAGGCCAUGUGCACCGAAGCCGGUCUUUUGGCGCUCCGAGAGCGGAGAAUGCGUGUGACGAUGGAGGACUUCAAGAAAUCCAAAGAAAAUGUCCUGUAUCGUAAAAAAGAAGGUGCACCCGAAGAACUUUACUUGUAAUGUGUGUUUUGGCUCUCAUUCACCCGUGGUUUUAAGUUAUUUUCCGUGUACAACUACUAUACCGCAAUCUUAUUUGAAUAAAUCGUGUCAAUCGAAGUCUCUGAUGUGUUAUCUUGGCUUUGUGUUCCCUUCAAAUCCUCAAUAUUUUGAAAAGUGCGGCUCACAAGCCUUCUUCUGUUGAUUUGAUGGUGCAACUUGCACUUAAAAAAUUCAAAGCGGAGAAAUGAUGAUUGAUGUAUGAAUUUUCAACACAGAUGGGAAAAAAAGGCUUCAAAAAACAUUUGAUAGCUAAAGAUUCUAUCGCUGAAACGCUGGAGAUUGAGAAAGUUGUGGACAAGUGGUCAGCGAUUGAAAACGGAACUGCUGAGAGCGCACGUGAGUUUCACAAAAAAAAAAAAUUGCUUGACGACUUCUGUUUGAAACUUUCAGACGCAGUACAUUUCAAGAGCAGCAACGUCGUGCAAAACAAAGUCAAAAAUUAUGAAAAGGUAAAAUCUUCGCAUGUAGUUCGAAUUUUUUUCGAAGACAAAAGAAAAGCAAAGAAAAUACAAUUCCAAAAAACUCAUCUUUCGAGGCUUUUUCAAAAGUUUAACUUUAAAAAGUAAAAAUUUCUCAGUGCGUUAGAUUUUUGUCAGAGAUUUCGCAAAAAAAAAUCGUAGUUAAAAACCGGGGUUUUGAAUUUUUUUGAAAAAAAAAUGAGUUGCAGUUCAAAGGGAAGAAAAAGCGUUCAAGUGACGGACUAGGUGUUUCACACGUUUUGAUGAACUCCACAACGACUACUCUUCAAAGAGUAGGCAACAAGAGAAGUUCCAGCCAAGCGAACCUCGAAAAACAUCAAGAAGAAAAGGCUGAAAAGAGAAUGGGUCAGUUGCGAAGUCAAUAUGGAUGGUUAUCUCGGUUUUCAGCUCGCGGAAAAUCUGCGAAAAUGUCGAAGCUCAAUGGAAAAAGACUCCAAGAAGGUUCAUUUUUUAUAUGACAUUUGUAAAAAAAACGUUUAUUUCAAAAGAAGAAGCUGAUAGCUUGGAUUCUCGCAGUUUCUACGUAGAAGAGCCCGAUGACACGCUAACUAUGCUGACUUCCAAGCCGACUAGCCGUUCGUUGAACUCCCGUUUGAAGAGUAACUGAAUUUAUAUUGAAGUAAAAGUUGACGAAAUGAUUGGCUUGGAGAGCGACGAUGAGUUGGAUGAGGAGGAAUUUGAAGGUUUUAGUCGCCCUGUUUUGAAACUACUUCUUUUUUUUUAGAAUUGGAUGAAGAAGACUCUUUCGAUGAGGAGGAAGAAGAGGAAGAGGUUGGAAACGGGCUGCAUUUAUGCAUUUGAAAAGUUUCAGGAGGAUUUUGAAAUGUCCGACAUGAAUAAUGGGUUCGUGUUAAAUCCGGAAGACAUUCAAGAAGUGGUGGACGUAGACGGUGAAGAGAUUUCCGAAGACGAAGGUUCUCUUCUCCCGGUUCCUUGGUGACUUUCAAAAAAGUUCAGAAGGCGAAGAAGUUUCUGAUGAAGAAAUUGACGACGAAGAAUCCGAAGUGAGCGACCAAGAUGCAUCUUCCGACGAAGAGACUUUCACUGGGGGUUUCCGUCGAGAAAGUGUUGUUCUUCAGGUAAAUCAAUAACCCUCAUAACAGAAGAUGGGUAAAAAAAAAGAAAUUUUAUAGUCUGUUCAAUGUCAAGCAGCUUACUCCGCCCCCAAGGCUACAAUAUCUUUCGCAUCAAUGUUUGAUCUCAAGAUGACGAUGAACCUUUAAUAUGACUGCCUUUUUUGACUUCUUUUCCUAUCUUUUAGAACAAACAAGAUCAAAAGUCCCGCGCGAUAAAAAAUCGACGCGAAAAGAUACUGUGGCGGCAAGGGCGGAGUUAUUUGGUGGACAUUUAAAAUCCGAACAGACUAUAAUUAAAACAUGAGGGAAAAAUGUCAAUGUAUAAAAUAUAUUUGAUCUAAUGCAUCUCAUGAAAAUGGUAGAGCGAGACCUCACAUUUUCGAAAUUCAAUAGGAACAAAAAAAGUAUCCGGCGUUCGCCGCUUUCACUCUCAAGUAGAUGUGUAACUUUGUUUUGAAGUUUAUUUGAAAAAUGAAAAUGUAACUGACGACGAAAAAAAAGAUGCGCGCCGUAGCGCAACAGGUUGUGUGUCUGCCUACGGUCCACAGGGUCACAAGUUCGACCCCCGCGUCGACCCAACCCGUUUAAGAAAUUUUGGUAGUGCGAAACCACGACUUCAAAACCCACAGUCGUCACACACAGGAACGGAUAAGUCACUCGAGCCAGCCCGCUGAUUAUCACUGAUAUCGGGAUAGGACUUCGGAUGAUCGACUUGAUGCGCCGACGCCGUUCAAGCGGUACAAAGGCGUAGAAAGGAGAAAAAUGAUUUUUUUCGAACAAAUUUUUUUAUUUUCUAAAAAAAGGGAAUAGUUUCUAGUAGACCUAUUUCAACCCUAUGAAUAUUGAAAAUACCUUGUUUUUCUCAUGUCAGUUACUUUUAGAAGCCUCUUCAUUUCCAGAUCCCGAAAGAAAAGAACUCUAAAGCAUCAUCAAAAAAAGUGGCUUCUUUGAAAAAUUUGGGCAAGUUGGACUUUGACGGUUCACCAUUCCAUGACGAAAAUUCGGUUGUGAUGGCUAAUCGCGCCUUUGCCUGGCUCAUUCACUCGUGCGACGUCCAAACAUUCUUCGAGUUUCUUUUCUACCCUCAGAUCUUCCCUUAUUCAUUCUUUUCCAGCCAGUUCUUCCAAUAUUGCACUCUGAUGAUCAAGCGGAGUAGUCCUCACUACUAUGGUAACCUUUUCUCCACACAGCGACUUGUAAAACUUUUGGAAGAGGUGCUUUUUAAAAAAAUUUUGAAAACAGAAAAAUUGGUUGCCAGAAUCAUUUGGAGUACACUACUAACAUAAAUGUUGCGGAUUACAACGAAGGCGUUCGAAAAACUAUGAACGGCGAAGGCCGCGUUUAUCCACAUGAAGUGAAGCAGCAUUUGGCGGUUGGUUUUCCGUGAAAUUAGCAUCAUUUCUUCAGUGUCAUAGAAAAACUAAAUAUCGCAGACUUCCUGAAUCAAAGUUUACAGCUGAAAAGAUCUAUCCAGUUGGUGAACCCGCAAGCUUUCGACGACCGACUUUGGUAUUUGUGUGAAGUGUUGCAAGAGAUGUUCGGAUGUUUUGUUGGAGCGAACACGUCUGUGGAAACGAUGAUUAGACCCAAUGUUCGAGUUACAUUUAGGUACUUGACACCGGCCGGAAGUUCCGGAUUCGCACCGCAUUGGGAUGAAAUCGACGCUUUUCUUCUGCAGAUCGAAGGCAAGAAGUACUGGCGAAUCUGGGCUCCCGAAGAUCUUUCCGACGAAUUGCCGCUCGAAUCCAGUGGUGUGUCAUUGUUUUAAAAACUUGAACGCUGAAAAAAAGGGGGUUUUUAAAAGUUUCCGAUGAAAAAUUUAUGCAAACAUCACGUAAGAGGGUAGCUUGAAAUGAAAAUUUUUUUCUUAUGUUUUCUGUUUCAUCCAAAAAAAAGCUUGAAUUUCAAACAGUCAAGUAUUAAAAGUUUCCAAGAUGGGAAAAAUAGAAUAAAACAAUAAGUCUGUGAAAGCGAAAAAAAAAGGAUUGAAAAACAGUGAAUAGUUAAUUCUUGAAGCUGUUAAUGAGAAGAUGAGCAAGACGUUCAGGAAACUUCACAGAGGAGGACAUGAAAGGAAGGAAGCCUGUGUAUGAAGGAUGGAUAGAAGCCGGCGAUUUCUUGUACAUCCCACGUGGAUUCAUCCACCAAGUUUGGGUUUCUGUUGACUAUCUCCGAAUAUGUUAUUCAGGCUCGGGCUGCUGACGACGUUCAUUCUCUACACGUUACUGUUUCGACCGGCCGUCGUUGGUCGUUUGCCGACAUGUUUGAGAAAUUUGUAAGUUGCUCUCAGGACUUUUUUUUCUAACGAAGUCUUGAAGAUUCCGGAUGUUUUGACGGCUUUCGCUGCUUCUCGUCCGAAAAUAAGAAGAGGUCUACCGGUUGGAUAUCUUGACAUGAGCGGCGUCGCUAAUCUGAACUAUCCUCUCGUGGAUAACUUCUAUGAAAAGUCCGUUUUUUUAAAUCGACAUUGCAAUCGAUGUGUUUUUCUGCAGAUUCGCUGUUCCAGUGGAUCGUCACCUGAGUAUGUUCCGCAACUUUGUGUCUAAGCACUUGCUGGAGAGCGGACUUGACUCCAUGGCCAAGGACUUUUUCAAACAAGCGCUGCCGCCGCGUUUGACCGAGGGUCUAUCUCCAUUGUCCGUUUCAUUUGACAAAUUUUUGUAGAAGAGAAGAAAUACAGCGUGGUGGGGUCUGGACUGAAUCUCCUUGACGAAGAUUUGGUCGAGUUCAGCGCCAAGACUCAAGUCCGACUGUUGCGGAGACACACUCAGAGGUCCCUUUCUCUUUCGCUCAACAGCCCCUUUUCCAAUCAAAAAGAAACAUAUUACAUUCCAUUCGAAUAGCUCUCAUGAUUUGUUCUACUCGUUCAGAAAGAGUUGCAUGACUGAUUAUUAGACUUGUAGGGUGUGGAGAUCGAGAAGAUCUAGUCGAAAGCUAUCUAAACUGAACUUAAAAAAAUGAAAACUAUAUGAACAAAAACUAGCUCAUGCUUUUUUAGUGAAUUUCUAUGAUUGAGUUUUGAAGCUUUUUUUUUCAUUUUUAACCGAAAGAGAGGAAAUUAAAACCCAAAUGGCGCAGAACAAGUCUGCGCCUAACAAUUCGAGAAAUUAUAUAUUAUUUACUUCCAGUCUCUCUCCGUAGCGUCAUUUAUAAUGUUGCAGGCUGAUUUUCGAGUCCGAAGAAAAGUGCUUCAUCGCGCAUCGCGUCUCCAACUCACGCGUCUUCGAAGGUCGUUCUGAAAGCGUCGUCGAAUACCCUAUCAAUGUAAGAUCUUCCCGUUCCUGGCCCGAUAACGACCUGAUUUUCAGUCUGAGCCUGUCUUUGCUCUGCUCGCCAACGCCUAUCCGGAGUGGCGCACCAUAGACAAGAUCUUAAAUGCGAAGAAGACAAAGGUUUUGAUUUUAUUGGUGUUCGCCUAAGUUUUUGGCUUAACAGGAUGUCCCUCGAAAGAGUGUUGUUGCAGCUUUGCAGUUACUCUUCAAAACUGGCGUCCUUCUUGUUAAUAAUGAUUAG